UGACCGAAAAGCACAAGGCCUACAGUUUGAAAGCUCUCGGGGGGUGCAGCGAACAGCAAACGCUAGCUACUUUGCGAACAAAGUUUACGAUUUCUUUUUGAAAAUCAAACAUAUUUAUCAGUCCCACUUGAACCUGAAAUUGCUCUAAAACGCUUUGUCGGACGCCCCGGCUGCCAAACAGGAAUACCGUCUCGAUCGGAUAUGCGGACGCAAAUGUGCUUUUGAAUGGCAUUGUUGUGCUGUAUCUCGCCGGAGUGGACUUGAACUCCACGCCAGGAGAAAGGAAGGCUAGCUUAGCGGAUGCUAACUUGCUCGCGACCUGCCACAGGCAACCUACAGCCAGCUCGCGUGCUACUCUACUUCCUGGUUGCACACUGGGAGCGUGUUAUGGGAGCCGUGAAGAAGUUUGUGGACCGGGAGCAUGUAUUUUAUUCACUUUAACUCCGCGUGAACGAAUGGAUUCUACGGUCUCUGUGUGCCGCGUCGUGGCGUGAGAAGCCCGUGUGUGUGUGUGAGAGAUCUGAAAGCUCUUCGGGCCCUGAGUGGAGCGGAAUGCGACUGUCUAGUUUGGGACACAAUUGCUAGCUAGUGUGCGGCUAGCUAGCCGGAUCGGCUAGCCGACAGCUUGUCCACGAAGCAGAGGUGCACAAUGAUUGUAUUGUUGUGUGUUUGACUCGACUUCUUGGUAAACUUGAUUUGCAAACCGAGGCGAUGCUGUUCCUGUGUAGAGAGUGUGGAGGAACAUCAGUAGAUCACUUCAUAGGGUCAGCGGCUAUCCUCCAGUGAGCUACUUUAGGAAUGCUAUCGCUAGGCUACCACUCGGCUAGCUGGGUGGCUGUGUGAUUGUUAAUUUUCUGGAAGGUUAGCAGCUAGCUUGCUAUACGGCUGGCCAAAUGUUGUGCUACGUGCGUUGGGGAGUUUAGUUGAGUGGGCAGAGACACUACGGAGAACAACCGCCCCCCCCACAAGCCGUGAGUGUAUCUUAUAUUUUCUAAAUAAAUGCCUAACACAGAGGUACUCCGGGAGGCUCGGGGGAGAAGCCCCUCUUCACAGAGGAAUGCUAAGCGACAGGAGAGGCGCAGUAAACCUGGAGGCGGCGGCGUGGAGCGAGAGGGGCACCGAGAGAAGAGGCGCUCGUCAGUGUCUCGGAAGAAGAAACGCCGACAGCCCAGGGACCCGCUGCCCGUCGGCACGUCGGAGCUGCCCGUCAGCGGACGGAAAGGCACUUUGGAAAGGGAGAGCGAGCUCCAGACUUUGGUGGAGUACGACGACGUGAGCUCGCAGUCGGAACGCUUCUCUGGAAGCCCGUCUCCCAAACUUGACCCGCAUGCUGAUCGACUCUCUGUCGACCGGCACAGCGAGAACGACGUCGAAUAUAACGGACCUGCGUCCCCUGGUCGGAGGCACCAGCGGGACAGGGACGCAGUGCUCCCGGCAAAAGACGCCCCGGCGGCCAGGGGCACCUCAGAUAGGACUAGGCCGGAGAAGGAGCCCCGAAGAAAGGAGCGACAGAGUCACGAACGGGACUCCUCUAAAGUUCGGGGUGGGAGUGCGUUGAGUGGCUCUAAAAACAGGGACUCUUCCAGGAGUAGUGACAGAAAUGGCAAAAAGUCAACGGCAGCCCAGCCGACCGUGGUCCCCGCGGAGAAAAGGGAUGUGAAACGACACAAAAGCGCAACGAGGUCUGACAGACCCGAGAAGGAACCGCCAUCUGCGUAUAGAGAAGCUCCACAGUCUUACCGGGAUGACCGGGAAGAGGUCAGGGGUUAUCGGAGGAGCCCCGUUUUAAAGUCUGAGAGCCCCUACGGUACUUCGUAUCCUUAUGGUUACCAGUCCCCCAGUGGGUACAACCAGCCGAUCUCUAGGAGGAGCCCCACGUACGGCAAUAAGAGGCUUUCCCCGAGCUCCGCGUACUACAGCCGGGACCCGGAUUUCUACCAGAGCUACGGCGCCUCCAAGUCUCCCAGCUCGUAUCCGAGCAGCAAGAGGAGGCGGUCUCCGACCAGCCCUGCCACCUGGCGUAGGUCACCCAGCUUUGGACGCCACAGUCCCUACGAACAGGGAGAGUUCGGCAACAGGAAGUCCCGGAGCCCGUACAGAAAAUCACGGAGUCCGAGUCCCGAAGUCAGGCGCCCGGCGAGGUCCCGCAGCAGGAGCCCGUUCGCGUCGACGCGACCCUCGCGGUCCCGCAGCCACCACCGCCACUCGCGCUCCCGCAGCCGGCCCUCCAGCCUCUCCCCCAGCACCAUCACCUUCAAGACCAGCCUGGCGGCGGAGCUCAGCAAGCAGAAGAAGGCCAAGGCCGCUGAGGCCGCCGCCAAGGCCAAGACCUCCAGCAACGCCUCCACCCCCACCAAGGGCCACUCCACCUCCGCGGCCCACCAGCCCAGCCCCAAGACCAACCACCACACCUCCAGGAAGGGCCGGCCGCCCUCGCCGCCACAGCCUCCGCAGGGGCCCAAGACGCCCCCGUCCAGCCAGCCCCAGUCCCCCGCCGAGCGGCCCGCCAAGAGAAGCGCGGAGCCCCCUAAGGAGCGCGAGAGGGAAGGGAAGGGGAAGGAGGACAAGAGGAAGGCGCCGCCGGUGGUGAUGAAGGACAAGCAGGGGGCCGCAGCGGGCCCACUCCUCGCCGCGCUGGCGUCUAUGCCGCUACCCCACGCUGUUGUCGAGCACAUGGACAAAGGAGAAAGCCUGAAGGACGGCACGCUCUCAGGAAAGAAGAAGCUGGAACGCAAAUCCCGCCAGCUUCUGACGGACCUGCCCCUUCCCCCCGAGCUUCCCGUGGGCAUCAGCUCCCCCGCUUCGACCCACAGCCCCGCGGAGGAGAAGAAGAACCAUCUCCCGCGCCGCAGGCCCAAGAUCUGUGGAUCCCGGUUUGGUGAGAUCAAAGAGACGGAGAUCGACUGGGGCAAACGCUGCGUGGACAAGUUUGAGAUCAUCGGAAUCACGGGCGAGGGCACGUACGGCCAGGUGUACAAAGCUAAGGACAAGGACACGGCUGAGAUGGUGGCUCUGAAGAAGGUUCGCCUGGACAACGAGAAGGAGGGCUUCCCUAUCACCGCCAUCAGGGAGAUCAAGAUCCUCCGACAGCUCAACCACAAGAGCAUUAUCAACAUGAAGGAGAUCGUCACGGACAAAGAGGACGCUCUGGACUUCAAGAACGACAAAGGUGCGUUCUACCUGGUGUUUGAGUACAUGGACCAUGACCUGAUGGGGCUGCUGGAGUCCGGUCUGGUCCACUUUAACGAGAACCACAUCAAGUCGUUCAUGAGGCAGCUGUUGGAGGGGCUGGACUACUGCCACAAGAAGAACUUCCUGCACCGAGACAUCAAGUGCUCCAACAUCCUCCUCAACAACAAGGGUCAAAUCAAGUUGGCGGAUUUCGGUCUUGCUCGACUGUACAACUCAGAAGAGAGCCGGCCGUACACCAACAAGGUGAUCACCCUGUGGUACCGGCCUCCGGAGCUGCUGCUGGGGGAGGAGCGCUACACGCCGGCCAUCGACGUCUGGAGCUGUGGAUGUAUUCUGGGGGAACUGUUCAUUAAGAAGCCCAUUUUCCAAGCCAACCAGGAGCUGGCCCAGCUGGAGCUCAUCAGCCGUAUCUGUGGCAGCCCCUGUCCCGCCGUGUGGCCAGAUGUGAUCAAACUUCCCUUCUUCAACACCAUGAAACCAAAGAAACAGUACCGAAGGCGCCUACGCGAAGAGUUUGCCUUCAUCCCGUCCUCGGCGCUGGACCUGUUCGACCACAUGCUGAACCUGGACCCCAGCAAGCGCUGCACUGCGGAGCAGGCGCUGGGGAGCGAGUUCCUGAAGGACGUGGACCCCGACAAGAUGCCCCCCCCAGACCUCCCCCUCUGGCAGGACUGCCACGAGCUCUGGAGCAAGAAGCGCCGGCGUCAGAAGCAGAUGCCCGAGGAGCCGGCGGCCCCCAAGGCCCCGCGGAAGGAGCUGGGCCUGGACGACAGCCGCAGCAACACGCCCCAGGGCUUCCCCGCACCCGGGCCUCUCAAGGCCCCGGCCGCGGCUGCCUCCGCGCUGCUGGACCCCAAGGGCCCCAGCUCCCAGCUCACCCAGGAGCAGCUGGCCGUCCUCCUCAACCUCCUCGGCCAGCCCAAGGGCGCCGUCAACCCCGCCCAGUUCGUCCAAGCCAUGAGUUCAAAGGUCAACCAGGAGACCCUGCAGCAGCUGUCCAAGGCCCUGGCGCCGGGCGAGCCGCCCGCCGAGCCGGGCCCGCCCCCCCCUCCUCCACCCCCCCAGGGCCCCCCCGUCAAGCCUCCGACGUCGUCCUCCUCCUCCGGCGCUCCGAGCGGAAUGCCCCGCACGCCGCCGCUGCCCAAGCCCCCGUCCACGCCGCCCCCCCCCUCCUCCUCCUCCUCCUCCUCCUCGAUGGCGUCGGCCCCCGAGGGGGAGGCGGCGGCGGCGGCGGCCACGCAGACGGCCAUGACCAUGCUGCUGGCCCAGCUCCUCCAGGCCCAGCAGGGGGUCCCCAGGCCCGAGCCCCCCGGGGAGGGGGCGGAGCCGCAGGAGAGCGCCGCCCCCCCCCCCUCCUCCUCUUCCUCCUCCAGCGGCUCCGCGGGGGCAGGUCCCGGCACGGCGGCGCUGCCUGCCUUACAGGACGCCAAGCGGCCGCCGGAGCCCCGUCAGGUCUCCCCAGCGUCUGAGGUGGGGGCUAUGCCGAUCCUCCCUCCAGACCAGAGACCCCCAGAGCCCCCGGAGCCCCCACCCCACGCCGACCUGGACUACCGCCAGGCCCCCCCGGACCUGAAGACCACCCAGCCCACGGCCCCGGUCACCCCCGCCGGGUUCGGGGACAGCUACAUGGGUCACCUGAUGGGCGGCGGUCUGCCACUCCACGCUCUGAGGGAGGUGUUCAGCGGCGCCGGCCCUCCUCCCCCGGGCCCCGCCUCCUCCUCCUCCUGCAACACGGCUCUGUCGUUGUCGUCGGCCGGCGGGGCCCCCAUGGGGGUCCGCCCGGAGCCCUACCCCCAGAACCCUGCCGGGCCCCCCGGGGGCAUGGUGUUCACCGGGGACAAGGACCACCGCUUUGAGUACAACCACAGCCCCGGGGAGGGGCCGCCCUGCCCCCUCCCCCCCCACCUGUACAACCACGCCAUGGGCCGGCCCGACGGCCCGCACGCCCCGGCCUGGGGCUCCCCCUCCCAGGCCGGGGCGCCCCCCCCGUCCCUGCCCCUGCCCCUCGGCUACGUCCCGCACGUGAACUCGACGGCCGCCCUCAGGGGGCGGGGCCUGCCGUUCUGAUAGGACGAGAGGGGCGAGUGAAGGGCGGGCGACAUCCAGGCGGCAGGGCUCUGAUUAAAUGGAACGUGAGGAGGACUCGACCCGAGCACAUGGAGCCUCUGAGGCGCGGGGAGAUGCGUUCUUGAUUUGUAUUAACUUAAAGGCGGCGGCGUGUCUCUCCUCCCGUCUGGCCACGGAGGUCGCGGCCACACACACAGGCGGGCUUUUCUUGCUCGUAACCAUUUUCAUAUUUUUUUGUAAUCUAUUCUGCUGUCUUUUAAAUUAAACUUUUACCUACUUUGAGUGUACAUUUACCAUGCCAGGCAUAUUUUAAACCUCUCUAAUUGCCCAGGGGCCGACUAGUAUUAAAGGUUUUGCACUACUGACCCAAGUAGGCGGAGAACUAUUUUAGCUAUGAAAUGAGAUGAGAUGACCCAACCACGUGUUCCCCCCUCCCUCUUGGGACGCGGUUGUCAAGGCGACCCGCCGCCUCCAUAUGGAUCCACUCCACUGUUCAGGGCGAAUCAAGUGCAAGCGAAAGGUCCAAAACGAAUGUACGUUCGGCUACUAAUAUGCCGAGCCCAGCCCUCCCCCACCCACCCAUCGGAGUCCAACAACGCUGCUUUUUUUUUUUUUAACCGGAGAGAGUGGAGGACAAGGUGUUCAAUGAGUUCUGAUGGUGCUAUUAGUGGGAGUCAAGUGUGACGGCACAUCGUGAAGGAGCUGCUGGGCAGGGGUGGGCUCUGAAACAUACGUCUGUCUGGUCCCGCGUCGACAGGGAAGAAGCGGCAGCACUUAGGACCCCUCGGAAGAACCAGCUGAAUGACUCGAUGGAGGAGGGCUGGAUUUGUACUGGUUUUUUGAUUCUGUUGUAAGUGGACCCAACACAUGAAUUAUGACUUUCAGACGGACACACAGGCAAUGAAAGGUUGUUUUUGUUUUUUACUAAAAAUGUUUGUCCCUCCCCUGCCCUACCUCUUCCUUCCUUGGCAAAUGUUUAUUAAAGAAAUGCCAACGA